UUUAUUUUGAUUAAUUUAAAACAUAACGACUAAAUGUUGUAAUAAUGAAAGUAUUAUUAGAGUUAAAUGGAUGUGAAAACUAUAGCAUUUGUAUUAAUCGUACGGAUAGAGCGGUUGUGUUGCCCUUCAAUCAGGUCUACAAUGAGAUCCGCAAACAAAUCAAACACAACAUUACAUCCAAUACCCAUGUCUUCGAGAUAUUUGACAUGGAUUUCAACGAGUAUUGCAUUAUUCCCAGCGAUGAACACGUGAUUAGAAACCUCUCGAGACUACGGGUGCGGCCGAAGACAGUGGACAACGAGUCCAUAGGUUUGGACAUUAAUCGGGACUCAAAUAUUGGCCACAAAUACAGCCAUAAAAUACAAGACGAGAAAAAUGAACUCAACUUAAGUGAAAACUAUAUCAACAAAAGUGAUGACAGUGUCUAUAAUGAGGGCCGGAAGAGCUGGACUGCCGGUGACAACACAUCCCAAAAUGUCUGCAUUAAUAGUGAUAUGAAUAGCGGUUCAGUGCCGGCACCGGAACCCCAAUCACCGACACCUCCACUACUGUCUCAAUGCAAACCUUUAAUACCUAUACUAUUGCCAGUGUCUGCACAAAUAGCAUCGCCAUUAGCGCCGGGCUCUCACCCCUCGGCGCCCAUCAACUAUCUGGACGUUGUGCUCAAUUCAGACACUUUCGCCACAACUGGCAGUUCCCCACACAUGCCGUACAUCACAUUCACCGCACGUGUGGACACAGUAUGGGUGACGGCUAUAAAGUUUGUGGACGUCGAGAAGUGGGCUGUCAUACGGUUAGUGCAGAUAUUGUCCAAUAAAGGCGCUAAACAUCCGGACUUUAUUGUCAAACAAAUGUCUAAAAGUGGUUUCAAUGAAUGGGAUUAUGACAUGUGUAUGAAUUACUUCCACAAUGCGUUAAAAUUGUAUACAAAGUGUUUGGCCAACUGUCCGAACCGGGAGACGGCGGCCGCCGCUUACCCCCUAUUCAAUACAAUGCACUCAUUUGUACCCCAUUUUCUCAUGACUGCCAAAGAGUGCACAAAACUUAAUGAUUUGAAGCGAUUGUUUGCCGCGAAAUGUUGCGAAUGGCUCACCACUACUGACCCCACUAUUAGUGCAGCGCCAGUAGCUGUCAUUGUGACAGACAAUGGGUCGGCCAGUAAUGGCACAGACAUCGCACCAGUAGUAUCCGAAACGCUCGUAACAACACUCACCACUGGGUCCGCAUUGCCGGCCCUUUCGGACACUGUAUUGGUCUCUCGCACACCGCCUAUGAAUGCCGAUCACUACUGGCCUAAUCACUCGGUAGAAGUUAAUGAGCUGGAUGAAUUGCGCUCAAUAUCAGCCACAAUCACCGUGGCUCAUAUAUUUUCAUUCACAUACCUGUGCCAUAGUGUGGGCCAAACGGUCAAAAUUGUGGGCGCGUUGACCGCCGAUAACGAGGACUUGUUUUGGUCGCACGUAUUACAACUAAUGUUGGACUCCGGUUACGGCUCUCUUAAUAAAAGCAUAUACCGGCUGUUGUUUACGCAUCACGUGACCAAAUAUUAUGUCAUUGCUUUAAAGUAUUUGCCCAACUAUUCGGAAGCG